AUAAGGUUUCGUAUUUGAAGUAGUGAUUAUAGCGGGUUCGAAAACGCACGAUGAGUCAGUACGAAUGGGGUGAAGAAUCGAAAAGGGUCAUCUAAAAUACAAUAACAAACUAACGGUACAUUGAGACAGGCGACGGCCCACUCGUAAAGGAACAUCAAGCUCUACCACAAGGAUAUGCAUUUAGAGUCAUCAUUACUCAAUUCCAGCAGCUCCGUGAGACGACGUUCAAAGCACUCCUAUAUAAGAUGGCUUCGUAUAUAAUACAUAUUCUGCUUACAUUUCUUAGCCUGCGACUGAGAUUAGUUUUCGGCCAAGAUUACACUUACCUGGGAUGCUUUUAUGACAGCAACCGUAGAGAAGCACUUCCAGAUCUGAUUUUUUGCGACAGAUUAAGGGACCCCUAUCAAACGUGUCAGAAUGUAUGUGGACCAAAAGCCCAAUACUGCCAAUCGCAGCAGAUGACGGUUGAACUAUGCAGAGACAUGUGUGUCGAUCAGAACAUGAAAUACUUCGGACUCCAAGCGGGUAGCCAGUGCCUAUGCGGCGGAUUCUUUGCACCUUAUAAUGUUCUGGGUCAACCGACAGGACCAGAUGAUACCUGUAACAGCCCAUGUACGGGAAAUUCGAGUGAAAUGUGUGGAUCAGAUUUCCAGUUGAGCGUUUACCAAUACAAUGAAUCAGCAUCGGACUGCUUCAACCCAGGUUACGUGCUAAACGGAGACCAGUCACAACAGGACAGUUCAUUUUACAAUGCAAGUGAAAGCAUCGACUUCACUGCCGUAUGUCCGCCACCGAGCAUCAAGAAUGGCGUCGCAUCCAUCACGUGUACUGAGUCCGGGAACUGGACAGACCCUACCCCAACCUGUACAGUCAGGUGUGACACACCUACCGCACCCAUGUACGCCAAUUUCAUCGCUGGGCAAACUUUGGAUAACAACUACGCAGUCGGUGAUGAAGUUCUCUUUGAUUGCGACAACGACCCGACGAAGACGAAUCAAGCAUUGACGUGCGGUUACUAUGGCGAUUGGGAACCCAUGACGGAUUGUCCAGGCCCUACAACCUUAGUACCGUCCACAGUGACGAUGUCCACAAUGCCACCGACAGUAUCCAAGACGACACCGUCCCAGUCAACAGAUAACAUGGCGUCGAUGUCGUCAUCGUCACCAAAUGUUCCGUCAUCGAGCCCGUCAUCAUCGACAAGCAGUGACUCGAGCACGUCGGGACCGACAGUCACGAUGACGUCGUCGCCGGGGGGACAGGGCUCAUCGACACCCGCUGUUACAGAUGGUGGGGAGAAGACAACCGCCGAUAGUGGUAGAAACCAGGGCGACGAAAUGGAUUUGCUUCCGAUUAUCAUCGGUGCCGCAGCUGGAGUACUAGUCGUCAUUCUCUUAAUCAUCAUCGUAUCCGUCUGCUGCUCAAGAAAGCGGAAGCAAAAGACGAAGAAGAUACCCUUUAACCCGGCCUUGGGAACCAGUUUCGGAAACCCCGCUUUCGAGGAAGACGAAGCUGAGCAGUCACGGCGUGGCUUCGUGCAGGAGAACGAUUACGGCGACAGUCAGACGUACGACGUCGGCGUGUCGGACUACGCCAUGGUCGUCGACGAGAAUAACAGGGAUCCGCCUGACGGGAAGGAUUCACCGGGCGCUGAGGCUGAUGGGACGGAUGAUGCGACGUACGCGGUCGUGAAUAAAAAUCGCCAAGGUAGUCUAACGAGUUUCAAACCUGAUGACCAAAGGGUUAAUCACACUUCCAUACCACAGCAUCAAAACAAUGGCAUUAAUAAUAUGUAUGAAGGCAACAGCAAUUCGCCUUUGGUGAAUGAGAACGCGUACGGUGACGCAUAUUACACGGAUCCAACUAACCAGCUGGCGACACCUCUGUAAUGGUCACGCCAUGGGGGACAUUGAUUGAUUUAAGUUUCAACGUUUUUAAUGGUGCCUAAAUGUAUAUAGAGGAGAUCAAAAUGUAUCAUAUUCUUGUGAAUAAUAUAACAUUAUGAAUAACUUUUUGUAUUUCGUUAAAAAAAUCCUCCCAUGAAUCUUUUGAUAUUUUCACAAACAAUGACGAUCGAAUUAGUGCCAAAACAAAUGAUUUGUAUCAGUUAGGGUUUAUAAACGAAAAUAGGAAAAGGUGCAGCCUCCCUGAUUUCUUAAUAGACGAUAUAAUUGACAAUGAAAACCGCACAACAACAUACUUUUGACUGAUUUUGUAAUUCCUUUCUUAUUUACCUAUCUUUUAAUUUACUUGAUAAAUUCUACGUAUAGGCUACCUUUUUAUAACUUAAUUCAUUCUAGGAUUAUAAUAAUUUUCUUUAUAGAAAUCUGUCUUGAAAGACAACCUGUUUAUAGUGGUCAACUCUUCUGUGCCUUAUUGGGCACACCCCAUUGGUUUUCUUACUAGCCGGAUGUGACCAAAUUAACUAUGCCUGUAGACCGAUUUCACUUACGCCUUUAUGAAAUUUGUUCCAAUGAGACAUAUUUUCGUCCCUAUACAUUUAUAAAUACUUUUUUCAAACCAGGAUAGGAUACUUUAACUGUACAAUUGCGAUAGAUAACCCAUAAGUGGGUUCAAUUUCAAACCGUUAAUCAAACCAGUGCAAAAAGAGCAAAUGUCCACAGAGUAAAAAAUUGUCUUACACGAUUAAACAUUCAAAUAGUGAUUUCUGUCAGUCGUCACGAUGAUACAAGAGAUUGAUUAUAUAUAUAUAUUUUUAAAACAUAUCUUUGCCUCCAGAAGGCCUAAAUGCGAUAGUUUUACAAAUAUAAAACUAGACAAUAAUGUACAGUUACGGGGAAAGA